CCAGGGCUCCACCGUCCACAUCCCGUGUGUCGCUGCGGGUCUCUGCGGGCUACGGAGGCUUCGUUCGUUUCUUCGCUCAUGAAAAACGAGCAAAAAUGAAUCCAGGUUCUUGCUAAAGUAAUUUGAAUCGUUGAAACGCAAAGUGAUUUGCGGUGACCUAAUCGCCUGUCUGAGUUGACCAUGUCGUGCCGGGACAUCCAUGCCACCAAUGCCUUCUCCUUCAUCCUGGCCUUGGUGUCAGUGGUUGGGAUGGCCAUCGCGGCCCUAAUCCCUCAGUGGCGCGUCACCAGGCUUGUCACCUUCAACCGCAACGCCAAGAAUGUCAGUGUGUACGACGGACUGUGGGCCAAGUGUGUGAAGCAGGACGGCUACUCGGGCUGUUACUUCUAUGACUCAGAGUGGUACUCUAAGGUGGACCAGCUGGACCUGAGGCUCCUGCAGUUCGGCCUGCCCAUGGGCCUGCUGUUCGGCACCAUGGCCCUGCUGCUGAGUAUGGGCGGGCUCUGCAAGACCUGCUGCUGCUCGGACAAGCCGGAGCCGGACAUCAAGACGGCCCGCUGCUUGGUCAACAGCCCCGGCUGCCACCUGGUGGCUGGGCUGUUCCUCUUCCUGGGCGGAGCCGUCGCCAUGGCGCCCUCGGUGUGGUUCCUGUUCCGCACCAAGGAGAUGAACCGGCGCUACGAGAACAUCUUCACCGACGGCUUUGCCGUGUACGUCGCCAUCGGCUGCUCCGGCGGACUGAUGCUGGCCUCCCUGAUGAUGUUCAUGUGGUACUGCAUGUGUAAGAAGCUGCCCUCGCCCUUCUGGCUGCCGCUGCCGUCGGUGCCCAACUCCCUCUCACUUCAGGCCCUCACUGCAAACGGCUACCCCCCCUCGCCCGUCUACGGGCCCCAGGCAUUCCCCCCUCACACCUACAUGCCUGCCGUGAUGGACGGCCAGCCGUACGCACCAGGGUCGCAGGGCUACGCGCAGGGGGUGGCGGUCCCUGGCCCUGUCCCGCCCCAGGUCUACAUGACCCAGAUGUCCCCCCCAGACGCUUAUGGGUCCGAGGUGGGCGGCGCCCAGGCCUACAGCUACGCCCCCGCACAGAGCUACGCGGCGUCUCAGAGCUACGCCCCCUCCCAGGGCUACGCCCCCUCCCAGGGCUACGCCCCCUCUCAGGGCUACGCCCCCUCCAGCCACGCAGGCCAGCGGUACUCCUCACGCUCCAGGAUGUCCGCCAUAGAGAUUGACAUUCCUGUUCUGUCACACUAAAAAAAUAAACAUUGAAGAAGACAUGCUGCCACUCCAAUUGUAUAUAGAAAUUUCAAUGUUGAUGCAUUAUGGAUGGGAGCUGAAGAGCUGUGUAAAAGCUUCCACCAAGUGAUGAAGGUCAUUGUGUCCCCGGGACGGAGCCCGGUCUCAGGCUGGGGUACCAUUUGAAGGAAGGCGCAGCUUGGGUCUUGUACAGGUUAGGGUCGUAGGUUCACUAGCUCUAACAGUGGCCUUUUCUUUUACUUUUGUAAAACCUUUUUUAUUUUUUAUGAUGAUGUUUAUACAGUAACUGUCAUUUUUGUACUUUCUAUUGCGCCUGUAGCACUACUGUAACUUUUUCCCCCUUAAAAUGGCCAAGUGAAGAACGACUUUCCUGAGUGACUUCUGAAGGAUGACCUGCUAAAGAUCAUAUCAUUGUCUUGAUCAUGUCUAAAAUAACAUUUUAGUUUUACUCACAAUGUACUAAAGAUGCGGAUGUGGAUUUGAUGGAUCACUAUAUGUUGUUGACUGUGGAGUUAUAGUUUUCUUUCUAGUAUAACAUAGCAAAGAAUGCACAUACCAACACUAAAGCGGUGCCUUAUGUUAGGAUCCCUGUGUAAGACUGUGUAAGUAUCAGUUACAUGUCAUUGUUUCCUAUUAAUGCCAUUACGGUGGUCAAAAAUCACUAAUAGAAAGCCAUACCAGCAAUUGGUUUAUGUCUUUGCUAACAAAUCUGCUGUUCUUUCAUACCGAUAACUAAUGUCUUGAUUAAUUAAAGUCAAUUGAAUUGUCUGAAGAUUAAUAACUUUUUUGACUGCGCCACACGAUACUGAACUGUUGAGGGUGAAUGAGUUCAGCUGGUCAGCUUCACUUUUACAUUGAUUCUGAAAGAGACAAAACUUUUCAAACCAUUUGAUUAUCUGGGAACUGGCCCCAAUGCUUCUAACAGGUUGACACAAACCCCUGGCACUAGACGUUCAAUCAUCCCCUGAUGGUGAUCUGAUAUAAAACCAUCUGUAGAGAUCUGUUGAUAGAACAAAGGUUUAUUUUCAUAUUGCACUGACCAACCGUUUGGACAGUGAAGCCAACUCUUCUUUCUCAAGUGUAGUUUGCAGGCUUUGCGUGUCUUUCAUAGCGGUAGCAUUAAGAAAGGGUCUGCCAAUUAUUUGAGACAGCAGUAGGCUGUUUCAAAUAAUUAGUUGUAUUCAUUCUGAUUAUAUGGACUAUAUUACAACUUUUAUCUUUAUUUUUAGGGUACGCACUUGGCAUCACAACCAAAAACACUGAAGAGUUGCAAAACCUUUUUGUUUCCGAAAGCUGCCUUUGAUCCAAACAACCAGUCUCUCCAUCUCUCCAGUGUUUUUUUCUGAGAUUCAGGGUUUGGCUGAACAAGUUAAAAUAACUGAAUACCUAAUGCGUUGUGUGCUGUUAGAUCCAUAGUCUCAGUCUCCUGUAGUAAAGUAAUAUAAUAUAUCACUUUAUAAAACAUUAACAGGCAAUCUUUUUUUAUAGUUUUGGAUGGAUUUCAAAUAGAAUAAACUGCUUUUUAAGGUACUUGGAGGGUAAUAAUUAAAUAAGUGAUAUAUUCCCUACAAUAUUAACAUAGGACCCUUUUCAAAUAUGAGAACAAACACUACUUAUUAAAUGGACUUCCAGUGAUGUUCAUCCAUGUCUUUCUCCAUUUGUAUGCACGCACAACAUGAACAACCCAACACAUACACACUCACGGGUUUGAAGAUCCUAACCCAGAUGGCUCUAAG